UCCCGCCUUCACUAAACCAGCCCACAUCUCACACUGAACAGUCUCAUGGGAUCCAUCUGCCGUUCGUACCCCCUCCGUUCCUGUCCCCGUCCCAGUGUCCGUCAGCCCCUGAGCCCUUUAUGGCUCUUCAGCAUGUUCAUUUGCAUCAGGCAUGGAGAUAAUCAGCAGUUUCUAGCCAACACCAACUGUUCCGUCCUGCUACUGUUGCAUUAUGUCCGAAGCAAAGUGGGGCUGCGCGAUCCAGAAGUCAUUGACCUCUGUGAUGAAUCUGGGACUCUGAAGUUACUGUUCCUAGUGAAGUUCCCCGGGGAACCUGCCACCAAGUUCCUCCAAGCCAGAAACAUCUACUAUAUCUGCAAGGUGGAACGUGGGCCACCAGGAUCGAGAAAUGAAAAUGCCUACAGGGCUUUUGUGCCCCUUCUGAAGGAACCAGAGCAAGACUUGUUGGAUGCCCUUAAAUCCCAAUGUGACUAUCUGGAAAAGAGUCGAAUAAAGAUGCUCCGCGGCCAAGACAACAAGAAAAUCGCACCCAUAGACUCCUACAUGACCAUCCCGUCCAAAACUACAGGACGAAUGGGAACAGCAGGGACAUUGGAAGAAGAGGCAGCCAGUCGCAGGGGGAUUGCUGCAUCUCCCAAGACUAAACCUGAACUGGCCAGCAAGAAAGAUAAACAUCGCUAAGUCAAGAAAUAAACUGGCUAAGUAGCAGCACUA